GUUGUGCCACAUCACCGGGUUAUGUCCCUAGAAUAUAUAGAUAUAUAGAUUGCCAACAAAAUUAAGAAAACUGUAAAGAGGUCGAGCUUCCAAAGGCUUAUACUCUGUCGAGGAAAUGAUAAGCACCGUCGGAACUGGCGGCGUUCGAAUUAGCAGCUAUCUCCGGCUUUCGUACACGGCGGAGACGCCUCUCCUUCUUCCCAACGUGCUCUUCUUCCGCCGCUGCAGCCGCCGCUUCUUCACAUCCUGCUCUGCCUCCUCGACGAAGCAGAAAGUUAUUGUCAUUUCGGGACCCACCGGUGCCGGCAAAAGCAAGCUAGCAUUAGAGCUCGCUAAGCAACUUAAUGGUGAAAUCAUCAGCGCUGAUUCUGUCCAGGUGUAUCGAGGGCUUGAUGUAGGUUCAGCGAAGCCUUCCAUUCGUGAAAGAGAGGAAGUAGUACAUCAUCUGGUUGACAUAUUGCAUCCAUCUGAAGAUUAUUCCGUUGGACAAUUUUUUGAGGAUGCAAGGCAAACUACCAGAGAUAUCCUUGAUAGGGGCCGCGUUCCAAUAGUUGCUGGUGGUACUGGAUUAUAUUUACGGUGGUUUAUUUAUGGGAAGCCAGAUGUUCCAAAAGCAUCUCGAGAGAUUACCUCUGAAGUCUACUCAGAGCUUGCAAAUUUACAGAAUGAUUAUGACUGGGAUGCUGCUGUUCAGUUAUUGGUUAAAGCUGGUGAUGCUGGUGCCCAGUCUUUAGCGGCAAAUGAUUGGUACCGCUUGCGCCGCAGGCUUGAAAUUAUUAAGUCUAGUGGGUCACCUCCAUCAGCCUUUGAAGUCCCAUAUAAUUCUUUCAGAGAACAGCUUGAUUCAGGUGUAGCAGAUGCUGCUGAUGUCAAGAAUUCUGCUGACAAAUUGCAGCAGAGUAACAAAAAGGAUUUGGAGUAUGAUUUUCUUUGUUAUUUCCUUUCCACCAAUAGGCUGGAUCUCUAUAGAUCAAUUGAUUUCCGGUGUGAAGAUAUGCUUUUAGGAACAGAUGGAAUUCUAUCUGAGGCAAGGUGGCUUCUUGAUUUGGGUCUUUUGCCAAACUCAAAUUCUGCAACUCGAGCAAUUGGUUACCGACAAGCAAUGGAAUACCUUCUAAGAUGUAGAGAAUAUGGAAGUUGGAAUUCUGCUGGGGACUUCUAUGAGUUUUUAUCUGAAUUCCAGAAAGCAUCUAGAAAUUUUGCAAAAAGGCAGAUGACUUGGUUUCGCAAUGAACAGAUUUAUGAGUGGAUAGAUGCUUCUAAACCUUUGGAAAAGGUGCUAAGCUUCAUAUGUGAUUCAUACAGCAGUCAGGAAGGCCAUCUCCAGGUGCCUGAGUCACUUCGUAUGAAGAAAGAUAUUAGAAACCCCCGCCAAGUAGCAGAACUGAAGGCCUAUCGUACUAGAAAUAGGCAUUUCAUUGGGCGUGAGGAUUGCUCUGAUGUUCUAGACUGGAUAAAGACAAUGUAUUGUGAAGCCACUGUGUCUUCUUU